AUGUCACAUGACUACCAUCUAUCCGACACAUGGAGCCUAUUCCCAAACGGGAAGUAUGAUUCCGCUGCCUGCCAGUGCAGUGCAGUGCCCAGUGCCGUGUUGUCGCUGGUGAUUAUGCCCGACAUUGCCGUGCCCGGAGCCUUUGAUCAUGUGGUGGUGAGUGUGUCGGGGGUCAUCCACACCGCGAGCCCUUUUGUGCUCGAAGUGUCUGACAACGAAAACAACCUGCUCCAGCCCGCUAUCCGAGGAACGUUGAACAUCGCCCACACAAUUCAUACAUGCAACCCUAGUGUACGGAGAUUGGUGAUAACCUCCUCCUUUGCCGUGGUCCUCGACUUAGACCAAGGGUUCCGACCAACAUACCGCUACACCGAAGCAGACUGGAAUCCAUGCAGCUAUGAGAUCACCCAGAAAACCUCCAACUCGAGCAUAGCAUACUGUGCAUCCAGAGCAUUUGCGGAAAGAUAUCUGUGGGAGUGGGUGACCGAGAACCAGCCCAACUUCACCGUGGCCACCAUCUGCCCCCCGUGGAUCUUUGGCCCUACGAUCGACGUUGCGUCCAAGCGGAACGAGUCCACCGAAGUCAUCAUGAACCUCGUCAACGGCUCUCAGACAGAGGUGCCUGAGAAUGACUUUGCCGCUUUUGCGAACGUGGAAGAUGUUGCGCAGGCGCAUCUCCGGGCGUACGUGGAGGACCUGUCGGCCCACGAGCGAUUCAUUGUUGCUGGGGGGGCGGUUCUUGUAUCAGGAGGCAUGCGAUCGGUUCCCAGGGGCAUCUCUGGAACACGCGUGAAGACGUACAUCGCCGACGGCUCCAAUGCGGCGAGAGUAUUAGGUCUCGAGUAUCGGAAUCUGGAAGAGACCUUGGUGGAAACGGUGGAGGAUUUGCAGAGCAAGGAUAUGGUUUAG